AUGAAGAGAGGAAGGCAAGAGAAGAAGACUUCCUCACCAUCUCCAAAACAACAACAUCACAGUGACAUAGAAAAGUCGUACGGUAUCCAUGUCCCUUUGGAUCUAACGGUCGAGAUACUCUCUAGACUCCCUGUGAAGUCAACUGUGAGGUUCCAAUGUGUAUCGAAGCUAUGGUCAUCUCUUAUCACCGACUCAAUCAUGACUUGGUCUUUAUCUAAGCCUCGUCUACUCGUCUUCUUAGACCGGCCGUUGCUAAAAUCCUCAGUAUUCUCUUUGUCUGGUUGCCUUUUAAGCACGAACAAAGAACCCAUAUCUACGGAACAAGACAGUAACACAUUAGACAGUGGGUUUGUUAUCAAAAAGAUGUAUCAAUACACCCGCGGAUUAAUCUGUUAUUUGUCGAGCUACGAUCAGUUUGUGAUACACAAUCCUACCACGAGACAAUCCCUAUUAUUACCGGAGAUAAAAAGGGAGAAACGGUGGUGCUUUAUGGACGGAUUAUUUGGUUAUGAUCCAGUUUAUAAUCAAUACAAAGUGUUGUGCUUUAUCAGCUCGGUGGAAAAAGAGUCGGUGUCUUGUCAAAUUUUCACAUUGGGAGAUCCAAAGAAGCAAUGGAGGAACAUCCGAGGCUUUGACCGAUUUAUCUCUCUGAAUUGGUCCCCUAGGGUUUGCAUCAAUGGGAAAAUCUAUUUCACAGUAGAUAGGUAUGUAUUGAUGGGUUUUGACGUUAGGUCAGAGACAUUAUUAGAUCACGGCGGGAUACCUAAGAAUCAGUUUCGGAAUAUGACUCUAGUAAAUUACCAAGGGAAAUUAGGGUGUAUCGGUUACAGCGAUAAUAUUGCAGAGAUGUGGGUUAUGGAAGAUCAAACUGAGAAACAAGAAUGGUCAAAGAUAUCAUUUCUCAUGUAUUCUCGUGGCCCUUGUCUAUUAGAAGAUACCCCUUCUAUCGUUGGUGUCACUCCUAAUGGUGAGGUUGUGAUAAUGCCCAUGGUUCUGUAUCCUGCUCAAACGUUAUGGGCAUACUUUUAUGAUCCAAAGAAAAACAAGACUAUAAGAGUUGAGUUCGAAAGCACCUUCAAGGAGGACCACAAAUAUCGAAAAGACAUCUUUGGCGUCCCGAACCAUGUGGAGAAUCCUAGGUCUUUGUUGGACUCGUUCAAUUAG